GUGGACAUGUCCAAGGUGAACAUCGACAUAAUCAAGCCAUGGAUUGCAAACAAAGUCACACAGAUGCUUGGAAUUGAAGAUGAUGUCAUCGUCGAAUAUAUAUUCAAUCAAUUGGAUGAAAGGAGGCAUAUAAAAUAUCCGACCCGUUGAUUGAAACUAAGGUCUCACAGAGUCCAAGGGUUGCAUUAAAAUAUAGACACAAAAAUCUUCUGGGCAGCAAUGGUGAUAGUUCUACACACAGGAACGUUUGUGGUUUGUAUCAACAGCUUUAGAGCUUAAAGUUAAGUAGAUUUCUUUCUUACGUAAACUUGUAUGUCAUUUUGUCUCGAAUAAGACAACGUUUUAGGAAUUUGAUGAGUGCAAUUCUUGAAUCUUUGGGCGCUAGUGAACCACUCGAGUAAUCAAUGAAUUAUUAUGUGUGUUACAUGUUAACAAAUUCUAUAGAAGUUUUCACUAUUUUCCUACAGGUUUCACUGUGGACCAUGAGUACAUCCCAGUGCUAUAGUGGGAUGUGUUGUCACGACUUAAUACGUCUCUACUCAUUGCCGAGACGUACCAGUUAAAGAUUCAUCUUGCUUUAAUCAUUGCUCUAAAUGACAUAAGAUAUCUACUGGAUUCAGAAGAAGUAAAACCAUACCUUAAUGCAGAGAAUUCAAGAUGUCUUGAAAUAAACAAAAUUGUUGAGUAAAAUCAGAUUUUAUGAUAAUUGAACAUAACUAUGUAUGCUCUUUUUGCAGGGCAUAUAAGUAGAUGUUUGAAAAUAGUUGUGAAGGGGGUCGAGUUGCGACUUUCCUCGAUUAAUAUAUUUGGAAUAGCUCAUUAGAAUUGGGGAUUCAUUAACGUUUUUGUUUAAAAGUAAUGUUGUACGAUUUGAUUGUUUCGUGACAUCUCAUAAAAUGAAGUGUAUUCACUGACCAAGUGUCCCUAUCUGACCUUGAGAAGGGUGGGCGACUUCAAUCAGUAAGUCUAGUUAUGGAAACUGAAACGGCCACAGUCCCUCACCAUAUUUUUUUUUGAUGUUAUCUGUUCCUACACAGCAAUGAAUAGGUUGGCAGCGUCAACUUAUCUGUUUACAUUAGAACUAACCAGCAUUGCUCAAUCUAUGCUUGGUACUUGGUACUAGGUAUGUAUCUUGGGACAAAUGAGUUUCUAUUGGGAUCUGUGUUAGGUCUUGAGUUAGACAAACUGAUGAUAAGUGAGGAUGGAGGGUAGUUUAUUCCAUCGAUUGAGCUGACCACCACUGUGCAAGCUUAAGGUCUCAACCAUUGAGCAUGGCACUUGGGCACGUUGUGUCUUCUAACCCAGAGUCAGGAAUGGAUCCCCAGCUUUCAGAGAUUGUCUGUAAAUGCCAUGUAAGCUUUACCUGUAACUCAUAUAGCAAGUCUGAUGAAUUUGAGUUCGUGGGCAGCACAAUGUUAGUCAAUAGUUCAGGGAACACUUCAGAUUGAACUCGUCCUCCAUUCUACAAGGGUUCAGAUAGGUUCCUGUACUACGACAUGAUGAAGAUUUGUCGCUUCAUCUUCUAAUAUGGUCUGUAUUGUUUAUUCUCUCGCUCCAGUACCCCGAUCCGAAGGAGAUGCAGAUAAACCUGACUGGAUUUCUCAACGCCAAAAAUGCCCGUUCUCUCCUGCACGAGCUCUGGGAUCUACUAUGCAGUGCUCAGGAAAAUAUCAGUGGUAUUCCUACUGCAUUUGUAGAACAGAAGAAGGAAGAGAUUAAGAAAAGACAGGCUGAAAUGGAGCGAAUCCAGAGCAAUCUGAAGAAGAUUGAGGAAGAAGUACGAGCCAAGGAACGAAAAGACAAAGACGAGAAAAAUGAUAAAGAUAGACGCCGCUCAAGAAGUAGGAGCCGAUCACAGAGAAGGCGACGAGGUCGGCGUGAUAAGAGUCCUUCUAAAUCGCCAAGGUUACGCCCAUCUCGAUCAAAGUCGAAAUCUAGAACUCCUGAUAAAACCAAGCGAUUGGAUGACGCUGAGGUGAAGAAAGAUGUGGCUGAAGUUGGAUUGAAGGCAGAACUGGGAGGGGAGCCAACAGGGAGUCCAAAACCAGGUCAGCCCAAAGAAAAUGACGUUGUAGCUUCUGCAGAGAAUGAUAAAGACUUGGCCGCUGUCGAAGAGAUAAAGAAAGAAACUACUGGUGACAAACCGGAAAAAGAUGAGGCUAAGCCUAAGAAGAAGAGCAGGUCAAAGACACCUGAGAGAAAGAGGAGGAGGUCAAGGACCAGGUCAAGGUCACCAAGAAGACGGCGAUCCCGGUCACGGUCUCGAUCUCGUUCCCCUCGUAGGAGGUCACCUCAUCACAGAUCCGGCCGUAGCCGACAUUCACCACCACGGAGGCGGUCACCGCGGAGGUCCCCACGGCGGAGAAGCAGAUCCCCGAGGCGGAGAAGCCCACCACGUCGUAGGAGUCGCUCUCCUAGGAGGCGAAGGACACCUAGUCCCCGAAGGCGACCAAGCCCAAGGAGGAGGCGGUCACGUUCUGGGUCAAGGUCACCAGCAAGAAGAGAUGGUCGCAGGAAGCGGUCAAGGUCUAACUCAAGACAUAGUGGCAGCGAAUCUCCCACUAAAGCAUCAGUCCAGAAACGUAGACAAUACCGGGCGCAUAAGUCAGAGAGCUCAGAUAGUUCAUCAGACUCUGAUGCAUCACCUGUACGAGGAAGGAGAAAUAGAUCCAUGUCGCCUCGAAAUGUUCGGUCACCUCCAAGAAGACACUUAUCUCCUCGUCGACCUUCACCGAAACGAUAUGGUUCACCGUUUCAACGGCGGUCACCACCCAGGCGCUGGUCACCUCCACGAAGAUCACCAUUCAAACGUAAAUCACCAUCACCAAUCAGGCGUCGAAGGUCACCCUCACCAAUGCGACAUCGUAGGUCCCCGUCGCCAGUGAGGCAGCGUCGGCAGGUGUCUCCCAUAAGAAGACGUCGUCCGUCACCGGUCGAAGUGGUACGCAGACAGCCGAGUCCACUACGACAACAACGCUCCCCGAUUAAAAGAACUCGUUCUUCGUCAUCUUCCUCUGACGAUCAGGGUCCGCCAAAAAAAGCGCCGUCACCAGAAAUGGUCAGGAGGAGAAUUGACGCUCCACCUGAUGCCUGGCGUCGGUCACCAAAACGCAAGCCACGCUCCAUAUCUCCGAGAAGGAAGCAGGCAUUGGAGGAUGAAAGGUCACCUGAUGCUGGGCCAAUGCGCAUGCAGCGAGGGCCUGGCCGUGAUUCCUCUCCUGAUUCACCAGCGCCACAAAGAAUAAUCCGUAGAAAGAAGAUGUCACCACGUGAAUCUGACAGUAGCCAAUCACCCUCACCAGAGAGGGUUAUUCGGAAACGAUCGCCUCCGAGGAGGCAGAUGUCACCUGACAAUAAGGUGUCGCAAAGGCGCAGGUCUCCUGAAUGGUCACCCCCAGCACAAACAAGACGUCGUCGCUCACCAUCUCCUCGUGACAGACAGCCCGCUAACAGACAACAACUGCCCCCUGGUGUUCCAUCUCCCCAGAGGAGGAGGUCACCGCCACUUUAUAAAUCUCAAUCCCCGCCACGUAGGCAGCAACAGAAUUGGUCACCAGGGGGCAGGCGUGGGAGUCCCCCAAGGCGAAGACGUGGUUCACCAUCUCCAGAGGUCAAGCAGCGUGGGAGACAACAGAGGGAUUUUUCACCAGAAUCCCCUCCUAGGAAUGCCAAACCACAAAGGCGUAAACAGGAGUAUUCCCCUUCCCCAGUGCGUCAAAACCGCAAUGGUGCGAGACUGCCCAACAAGGUGCGUGCAAGGUCAUCAUCUGGUUCUGUAUCACCACCGCCGAGGAUAUCACGACGUUCAGAAUCGCCCAUCCAGCGGAGAAGAAUGGCGUCCCCUUCCCCGCCUCCUCUGAAAAGAAUGGAUACGAAUGGUCCGCCACGUCGACAGCGGUCGACCGAUGAUAAUCCUGAACAUAUGCCACCACGUGGAAGGUCACGACCUGAUCAGUCGCCACCACCCCGCCAAAGUCGUUCAGAUGAUCAUGUGCUGAGAACAGCUCCAAUGCAUGAAGGGACACCUCCCCUUAGGCGGAAAAAGGAACGUUCAGUCAGUGAGGAGGGUACGCCAAAGAAAAAGUUCAAGAGGAGUGAGAGUGGAUCAGGGAGUGAUUCAGAGGCUUCGGUCGAUGGCAAGAAGAAGAAGGCUAAGAAGGAUAAAAAAGAUAAAAAGCAUAAGAAGCAUAAAAAACACAAGAAGCACAAACAUAAGAAAGGAGAGAAGGCCGGGGAAGCUGCAGAGGAAAUGAAUGAGAGUAGUGAAGAGCGUGGAACGCUGAACAAGCUUCGAGAGCAGGCCCUUCUGUCGAUGCAAAGGAAGUCGACGGAACUCCAGUGAAAUUGUACAUAUAGCAUGAUUUUGGACUUGGCCUGUUGUAGAUGUGAUGAACUGACAACUAUUGGCCAGGAAUGUCACGGAAAGGAUUGAGAGAUGUGGGAUUUAAGCUGUUUCUAAUGAGUAUGGGAUGGUUGGCUUAAAAGUGAUUGGACAGGCUCUUAGUUUUGUCUCGUCAGUCAACUGACAAAAGAACUGUGUCACAGAUCAUCUUUGUCAGGUGGUGCCAUGGGUCGGGGAUUUUUUCAAGUCGAUGGAUAAACCAAUUUUAUGAUCAAGUUCAACAAAUCAGCCUGCUAUUUCUUUACAUGUAUAUCAAUAUGGUCCCUCGGAAGAAUCAAAGGAAUUGUUUUUAAUUGAAAAUAAAGCAUGUUGGAAGACUUUCCUACCGUGUUGGGAUCAUCCACCAACAUCGGUUUCUUUGUGCAGAAUCGAUCAAGAAAAUACAUUUACCAAUGAAUAACCUGUUGACCCUUGUAUGACUGAUGGUAGUUGUACAUGCAGAUGUGCUAUGCACUGAGAGACUGCAGCAAGUAUGUUGGUAAUUAGAUCACCUAUGUGGUCUCGGGCGUGAAGUACUUUGAAUCUUUUAUAGUGAGCAACCGGGAUGAUGGCACAUACAUGUACCGCUGACGGAGUGACCUGACCAGAAUUUUUGGGUACUGUCUCCAUCUGAAUUAGGAGUAUCAAAAAAUUGUGUAUAUUUUAUAAAGUACGAUAUCGGGCAAAAACAUUGAGGAUGGGUCAUCCAAAAGACUAUUGUGAUUUAUUAGUAUAUUGCAUUAAACUUGGAUGAUUUCAUCUAACAUUGGAGAGAACGGGCCGACCUUGGUGAGUGCGAGGCGUACUGUACAUGCACAGUGUUGUUGUAAAACCUAAAAUACCAUACCAAAUGAUUUCUGCCUGUAAGAAUAUUUGUUCUAGUUGCUUUAUAUUUUAUCGUUAGUGUAAAAACCUUCACCCAAAGUAUUGUCAACUCAUAUAAGACCAGACUAGUGAUUAAUGUGUUGCUUUGUUAUCAAGGGAGUAUCUCAACAUAGGUUGAAGCUUAGAAAGACAAAGAAUUUCUGGGGAGAGGUCAACGCUUUGUCUUUUUCUUAUAUAUUGAGGCUUCAUCAUAUUUUUGCUAUCGGCCACUGUACAUCAAAACUAGUAUUUCAACCAGCACUGUAAACCAUUGGCCUAAAAUGUUCUGCGGUUUCCUGGAAACACCUCCAGCAUUGGAAUGGUGUUGUGGCAGCAAUGAACUGCAUCAAAUUUGAUGACCUACUGGUUGAUGUUAGGUUAGACUGAUUUACUUUUAUUUGAUAUUGUAGGUAGUGUUCAUUGUAUGCUCUAAUGCUUGAUCAGCUCUUCGGUGGGUUUUGAAAGGGUGGUUUGACAGUAUCCCGGUAAAAUCCAGGAUUUUAGUCUUUUCUUGGAUUUGUAAAUGAGAAGGGAUCUUGAAGCUAAUAUUUGGUAAAUAUCAACAUACAGUGUCACCUUGGCUGAAUUGGGUUGGUCAACUUGUAACCAGCAAAACAACCUAAAGAGGAAGCUGAAUAAAGUGAUUUGAACUGGCCGCUGUCAUUGAACUAAGUGAGUACUUGUAGGCCUACUGUAUUUAGAAACAAAUAUACAUCCUUGUUUCGUUGCAUUUAGUGUCCCUAAUCAUGGCAGGAGAUGGUGGAAUAUUUGUAGUUGUAACUUGUGUUACUUUACUGUAUAUAUGGUGUAAAUGGACACUGGAUUUGAUACCUCUGUGAAAAUGAAUAAAAUUGUCUUGGACUACCAA